GAUGAACAUGAUGAACAUGCAGCAGAUGAUGGCCAAAGCCGGGGGCGCGCCUCCUCAGCCAGGGAUGAAUGCCAUGAACCCCAUGGCGGCAAUGAUGGGUAUGGGAAAUAUGCCUGGCAACGGCAUGGGGGCCACGCCUGCAGCCGCAGCAGAGAAGGACAAGCCAACGCUGAAGGAAGACGAUGACGAGACGAUCGACCCAGACAUUCGUGAGUUGGGAGAUUACUUCAACAUCGAGGAGCGAUGGGUAGUGCGCUUGAACGAGGCGAUGAAGAAGCGGCAAGACACCAAGACGGUAGACAUUGAGAAGCUCUACGAAGUUCUAGAGAAGGCUCGGAGUCCGACAGGGCUGUUGACUGUGCAGAUUGGCAAGAUGGAGUGUGGGCAGUUUGUUGGCAAGAUCAAGCCGGACAAGGACGUGGAGCGGAUGGCGAGAAAAUUCAAGCUGGAUGAUCCGGUGACCUCAAGGCUGACGGAACUGAAGGUUUGGCGCAAGAGAAAUGGCCAGGAAGACCGCGCCACAAAGGACUUGGAGCGGAUAGAGUACCACCUGCGCUUUGCCAAGCGGCCCAAUGCGUUGUGCACGCUCCUCGUGGCUCGGCUGCUGGAAGGCGAAAUAGAUGAGCUGCCGGACCUCACGAACGCCGAGAAGAUAAUGACCGAUUUCAAGCUGGAUGAGGAUGCCUGCUCAAAGAUGAGGGAGAUCAUCGAAAAGCGCUCUGCAGACGAAGAACGUGUCCUGACCUGCGUGCGCAAACACCUGAAAAAUUCUAGCAAUGCUUCCUCCAUGUUAUGCAAGAUUGCCAGGCAGCUGAUUGACGGAGGCGAUCUGCCAGACCCUCCGGAGCGACCACAGAAGGGCAAAGGUGGCGGCAAGGACGGCAAAGAUGACGGCGAGCGUGGCGAACGCAAAGACCGCGAUGGGGACCGGCAUCAUGACAGAGACCGCGACCGCAACGACCGAGGCCAUAAGCGCGACCGGAGCCGCAGCCGUGAUCGUCGGGAUCGACGUGACAGUCGUGGCCGGUGA